AUGGCUGACUUGAGACACAACAGUAACAGCUCCGGAGAGGAUCGAGGCGGUGUGCGCCUUUCCGACCACUCACCUCCUGGUAAUUCUUCGUCGCGCCACCAGCACCAUCACUCAACCCCAAGCUCAUCGGCCAGUACUAUUGUGUACGAGAAGUCGCCUCCUGACGUUUUUGGCCCCGAACUUUGCCAGGGCAGGGUUGGCCAGCUCUAUCAACAGGACUACCAUCAAAACUACCAGCUUCCUGUCCCGCCAAAAUUUCAUACUACUCCCAGCCAAGGCAGUGCCAAACGCAGCGGUCCUUCUCACUCGCAGAAUUCGACCAGCUUUUCUGCGGGUAAGUUGUCUACUCGCUCCGACGGAACAAUUCUGGCAACUCCUACCGGUCGCCCAACUGCCGAGCCUUCCUCCGCUGGAUAUCGGCCGGCCUUUACGACGCUCCAAAGCGGCUUUGGACCAACCCCUCCUGCUGUCAAGGCACCUGGCAACACUCCCAACGCUCCUGACAGCGAAGUUCGACGUGCCCAACGAGCUCUUCCUACAAUUUCUGAGGAGAAGGGAAAACUUGCAGCAAACAAUCUCGCUCACUCCAAGCCAGUUGUCGCAGAGAUGGCUGCCCACUGCCAGAUCGACGGCCCUUUGGCCGGUCCUAUCCGAGACAAUCGCCGUUCUGAGCUCGCCCGAAACCACCCGGCCUGGAUCCCUGCCCGUCAGGUUCAGGCGGGUAUCAUGACCACGCAGCAGGCCAUUCGUCGCACUCCAGGAAUCCCCAGCAAAAUCGCCAACGAUCUUUGUGAUGGCCUUCAGAAGUAUGCGCAAGAUGUCAACAACAUGCUUCGCCAGGCGAUCAACGAGGUCGCUGACUAUCGUCUCGAUAUUGAGUACAACGAGAAGGUCCUUUGCUCCACGAAGCUGGAGGCAAGUAUCAUGCUUGAGGAGCGCGACAACCUCAAGCGUGAAUAUGCCGAGCUCCAGAGCAAGCAUGAUGAGGUCGAGAAUCGGCUCGCUUGCUAUCACGUGGAGACUGAGAAGUACAAGAACAAGUUGCGCGAGUAUCAAGCCAGACUUGAUCAUGAGAACAACGGGGAAGAUACCACUCAGGAAAUCAUGCGGGAGUUGGUGGAGACUGUCAAGGAGUUCUUAUCUCGUCCUACUUCCCAGUGGCUGGUUACGCGAAACGAGGAAGGCUCACCUGGCAACGUUAUCACCGCCCUGAGCGCUUCCAGUAUCGCUGCCUUGGAGCAGCAGGGGAAUGAGACUCCUCGCUCUCAGAAUGUGCAGAAGCAGCUGGUGCCCACACGCGCUACCAUCAAGUCAGAGCACAGUGAGAUAAUGCCUUCUAUAGACAAUGCGCUGCAGCCAUUCAACUACCAGCAGCAGAAUGCAGAGACGUCUCAAAUCUCCGGAAUGCCCAACGCAUCUUCUCGCAACGGGCCGCCCACUUCUUAUCCCGGCAUGUUCAGUAACUCUCGUCGCCCUGCCGACAACAGAACCACUUCUUCCGCCGGUUGGACUCGUGCUUCAAGUGGCGCUUCUAUGCAGCAACCGAUGCUGCCAGCUCGCUCCUACUCGCGAUCUGGAGAUGCUCGCAGCUCUUUCAAUGGUGAUUACAAACAGCCAAACGAGUUUGACCUUUCUUGUGGUUAUGGUGCUCAGUUUACCAUGCAAGCUCGCCCUGGUACUGCCAUGGGGCACCGAGGAUACAACCAGCAGCAGUCUUCUUUCCGUCCCAAUGCUCCAGAGUUUCAUCCCGGACAUAGCAGCAGCAAUGGCGGUUUUGACAAUGCCGAAAGCUCCUACAGCUACAGCUAUGGACCUGGAUCAAAUGCUGGCUCUCGUCGUGGCCUCAACACCAGUACUGGCCCCUUUGAGAGCCCAACGCCUCGCUCCGUUAGCCGUACUGGAUUUGGCAACUUCGAGGGCCCUUCGUCUGGCUUCACGGGGGCUUCUCCUUUGAUCCCGAGAACCCCUGGUUUCGGUUCCACUCAGCAGUACAAUAGUGCUCCCACCCACCGUGGUUCCCAAUCUCAGCGGAAUCACCCCUCCAGAUCUUCGGUUCAGAACUACCACGCAGUUGAUUACAAUCACGGAGGCUUCACCCCUGGUCCCUUCAGCCAUGGCAGCAACGGCCCCAGAUCAGUCGGCAAGCCCGCAAGUGUCACCGGGACCUUGGCUUCUGGAACAGCUUUCGGCCAAGACGACAGCGGCGAUAACGAGCGCUAUGCUCGUGCCUUCGAAGGGGUUUGGGGUCUGGCCCGGAGCUAG